GAGAUAAAAAUCCCGCAGCCCUGGAAGAAAUAGCAUGCGAAGUGGGCUUGACUUUGGUAUAUUUCGAAUUUGUGGUCACGGUCACACUACCUGUCUCCAUUUUGCAAGAUGUCCUUUAAGCCUAUUGAUCCGAAGCGCGACGAGAUCCGGCGCUACCUGGAGCGCGGCAGCGUCCUGGACUCGCUGACCAAGAUCUUCAUACGCGUGAUCAAGGAGCGCCCGGAGAAUCCGAUGGAGUACAUCCGUAACAACAUCGGCGUGGUGCGUCACCAGCACGACAAGUACGAGCGCCUGCAGCAGGACCUGCAGCUGGCCAACGAGGAGAUCCAGCGGCUGCGUGGCAUCAUCAACAGCAUCAAUCCAGAGGUUCUGCAGGGCCAUCAGUCCGUGGCCCCCAGUGAGGCGCCUCCGGAGGCUCAAGAGGUCGUGGCAGAGCCAACUCCAGUGGCGGAGCAGCCGGAGAACGUGGAGCCCAAUCCGGAAGGGAAACCUGGAGAAAGUUCGGCGGCCGUUGCGGAAGUAACAGCUGCUGUGGAAGCCUGCCAGAUUGAGGAGAAAGCGGUGGUCGCCAACGACGAGGCGGCUGCCGCGCCAGCUCAACCCAAUCCAUCCGUCCAAGUCGAGGCCAGUGGCGCCAACGAGUAGAUCUCAGAUGCCAGAAGCUUACACCAAAAACAUCCCAUCAGAACGCAUCCAUUUAGAACAAGUGUAAAGUACUUUCCUUAAUGUAAAUGUAAAUAAAGCGAAAUACAAAAUAUGAA